AUGAUGAUGACGAAAAAUGCCCAUCGACUUCUUUUCAACAGGCAUCGAGCACUUUACAAGUUACCGAAAUCAAAAGUUUCAACUACAAAGUCAUCUAUCCUUGACGACUUUAUCACUAAAUUCAUCUAUGAGGCGAUUCAAGGUCAUAGUCUGCCCUGCCCUAAUCUAAUGAGACUGCUCAGCUUGAGCAGAGAUGACUCUGCUGCUUUCCAAGCUUCGCCAUCUGUUAGUACCGAAGAGAACUUGUUCCAUGAUCUAUGUUGCACGAUAACUGCGCCCAACAGCCAACUCUAUCGAAUCAUGUCAUCUGAGCCAUGCAUCUCUGCUCCAAGGACCUUGAAUCUUGCUUGCAGAACCAUCUCUUUCGACGAACAGUUAAGCAGUGAAUUGCAUUCCUUGCCAAUAAGCGACCCUAAAUUGGUGGCAUCUGAGGCUGUUGAAAGUGACACUGACCAGAUACACGAGAUCCGUAGCACCCUUAUGGAAGAGGCACAGGACAAAACGAUGCGAGACAUCGAGAUUGUCAUGCAAACAAUAUAUCACGAGGCCUUGGAAAACCAACUGACUGAGGCAGAGGCUGCAGAAAAGGCUUUGGCCGUACAGGAUGAAUUGAUUAUGAUCUGGCAGAUGCUACAGACACGAUUGGCUCCCGACUACCUCGACUACCUGAAACGCAGACGAAAGAACUUUCAUCUGCGCAUCGAAAGCUUAGAUAGUCUUGACGCCGAGGCAGUGGAGGACAGGGUGCAAGAGGAAGGCAGCGAUAGCUCCACGAAGAGGCAUCCUGAUGCAGAGCGUCGGCUGCAAAGAGCCAGCUGGAGGCAUCGAAAGCGCCUUCGCCUGGAUCAGUAUGAAAGAGAAAGGAGACAAUUCCUUAAGACAGCCAUGGCCUAUUACAAUCGGUAUUCAGACUUUUUCGAGCAACAGGAGCAGGAGAGCGAAGAAUCGGACGAUCCAAACGAGUCGAUUGUGAGUCAAACACACGUAGAGCUGUUGGACACUUCUCCGACAGAAGAGAUCGUAUCGCCACCCUCUUUGAGGAAGAGCAGCUCAGCAGGCCCUGAUCCUGGAUCAAAAGAGCCUCCUGACAUGGAGAUAUCGGCACCUCAUGGAUCGAAGCAGUUGGCCAGUUCACAGUGGACUUCAGCUCUUGACUUUCUGAUGCAUGCCUUGCGACUUGUGACCGACUACUCUGAACUGGAGCUGGAAAUGAUCCACAAAAACUUUGAACUGAUAUUGCGUCAAACCCAUCGGCAUCCUCAACUGAAGCACUUCCUGCAUCAAAUGGCCCCAGUGCCGCCGGCAUGGGAGACGUUAGCUUGCCGUUUGACGUCUUUCACGGCAGAUCAGACCGCCAGUCAGGACUCGCUGUUCCACAAUGACCCUGACGGAGCACGACUGAAGGACUUCUUCGCCUUCCUCCAGACCGAGGUGAUCCGUUGUUAUACGCCACCAGAACUGCACGGUCAAAGCAUUCUUGACGGACAAGCGCAAGCAUUGUCUCGACAACUGGUGAAAAUGCUGCACAGACUGGCCAAAGUCUACUGGCUCUACGACUUGCCGGCUAUCCGUUUGAGCACAAGAUGUGGCCCCAGCCAACUGGCAAAGGUAACCAAUGCGGCAUCGCUUCGAGUGGUUGGGUCGGGUCAAACGGAUCGGUUGUACCGAUCGGAGGGCGAAGGAGGCACGGAGAUGGUGCGUCAGAUGGAGAAGAUACGUCAUCGAGCCUUUCCAACUCGUCUACUCCUCUUCAAACCGCGGACGACAGUGAAAAAACUGGUCAUGAGGGCUCGGUUUCCGUCGCCUCGAGAUCCGCCUACUACUCCAGACAGUCUGGGCCUCCAGACUGGAAGUCCUAGGCCGAGAUCUUCAACUGAUGGACUUUGGGAAGAAGUCUCACGGCCUACUCCAGUCUGCCCGACCCUAAUGGUGGGGCCUGACACGAAUCAGCUGGCGCAAAAUAUACCGGUCGGGGAUCGCCGGAUUCAGGCCACAUGGCAUGGCCAGACAGAAAAGUCCAUUACACGUGGUCAAGUCACAUGUCACCUGCCGGUUAUUCCCACGAUUUUUUCGGAUGGUUUGAAUGUCCAAUCCCAUCGGCCAACAAGAGAUCUCGUCCAACGUCAGCUAAAGUGGCCUCUGGUGAGGGCCAGGGUGAAGCGUCCUCUCUUUUGGCCAGUUGAAUCCAAAGAAUCGGGACCGGUAUGUGACAACGUUACUUCUGAGAGAAUCAGUCUUAUUUUCACUGCAGCAUAA